GCUGCCGGGAAAGCAACUCUUCUAAAAAAGCGGAAAAAUAUCAAUAUCAAAAGAAUUAAUAAACAAAUAUAUAUAUUAAGUGAUUCCUCUCGAGGGAGAUUGAGCGAGAAAAAUACGACAUUGACAUUCAAGCGGGCGCGCGCUAAUUGAUCGAGAAACCCGCCUUAACGCCCGGGUCAAGUGCUCUCAAUUGGAAGUGUCAGGUGGCAGCAUAGGCAGCAUGGGGCAUCUGCUCCCGAUCCCGUUGCUGUUCCUAAUUUUCGUAGCCGCAGCGCCGGUUUUAGCCAGAUCCAAUGACCCUAUCGCCUGCGAAUCACUGGAAAUAAAUGAGAUUGCAGAUUUCCGCAAAUUUCAAAACUGUACGCACGUGGUGGGUCACAUAAGAUUGGCCUAUUUGGAUCUGUCAGCCGGCAACUAUAGUCUCGAUUCACUGGCCACCAAUAUUACUGAGAUUAGCGAUUACUUAAUGGUCUAUCGCUGUGCCGGUCUUAUCACACUCCAGUCCAUCUUUCCCAAAUUACGGAUCAUUCGGGGUCAAAACCUUCUGUUCGAUCAGUACGCCCUGGUUGUCUACGAGAAUCGGAAUCUCAGGGAACUGGGUCUCGUGGAGCUGUUGCGCAUCCAAAAGGGUUUCAUUCGCAUCGAAUCGAAUCCCACGUUAUGCUUCGUGGAAACUGUUGACUGGAUGUACCUAAUGGGCAAUGCAACUCAACAGCACUUUUCCCUCAGACAUAACAGGCCGCAGAGCCAAUGUCCUUUGUGUGGCGGCUUGACAGCGGACUAUGACUUUGGUAACAACUCCUCGGAGCGCUGCUGGAAUCUGAACACAACCCAGCUACGUCCUCAACCAUCACGAAUGGCAGACUGCCCAGUGAAUUGUGGACUAAAUGGUUGCGAUAAUGGCGGAAAAUGUUGUGAUCACAAUUGCGUCACCGGUUGUUAUACCCAGAACUGCUCUCUCUGUGCCAAUUUCCAGGGAAGAUUGGGUUGUGUGAAUCAGUGUAUCGCCAGUUAUGAAAUCAAUAAGAACAGGUGCAUCGGCUACAGAGAAUGUCGGGAGUUGGGAAGAAUACCCUUGAUACGUGGCUAUCAGUGUGUGAAAAAGUGUCCGGGAAAUCAAAAGGAAGUCAUAGACACCAAAGGCCAUGUUCAUUGCCAGGUGGAGUGCAAGGGUGAUUUUCAUAUCAGGAGUGCUGCGGAUCUAGACGUUUUGCAGGACUGUGUGACUAUCAAUGGCUCGUUGAUCAUUGAACUGACUAAUAUCAAGGAGAAAAUUGUAGACGUUUUGGAAAAUGCUUUGGUUAGUGUCAAGGAGAUCACUGGCUAUUUGAAAGUCAUACACUCUGCCCAGCUGAUGUCGCUCUCAUUCCUGCAAAACUUAGAUGCCAUCAGAGGGGAUAAGCUGGUGGAAAACAAAUACGCUCUCUAUGUGGUCAACAAUUACCACCUGGAACACAUCUGGCCUGUGAAUCAUCAGGUGAUCAUUCAGCGUGGUGCACUCUUCUUCCAUCUGAAUCCCCGCCUGUGCUAUGAUAAAAUUCAUCAGUUGCAGAGUUCACUUAAAAGUGGUGAGAACAUAUCUGUGGCAGAUGUAUCUCCAAAUUCGAAUGGUGAACGCGUGAUUUGUAGUGACCGAGCCCGAUCCCUCAAUCCCAAAGUGGAGGAUUUAAAUUCCACUGCGGUUCGCAUUAUCCUGGACUAUAUGGACUGGGAUGGCAUGGAAACGCUGUUAGGAUAUACGUAUUUCUACAAGGAAGCCCCAUUGCAAAACGUGACCAUGUACGAUGGUCGGCAUGGUUGCGGUCAUGACAACUGGCUGAUGGAUGUUGCGAUUAACAAGAGUCGUCGUCAUCUGAUAACUGGCCUGAAGCCUUAUACACAGUACGCAUAUUUUGUUAAGACCAUCACCAGAACCGAAUACCAUAUACAGGUAGAUGCCUACUCGAAAAUUGGCUACUUCCAAACGUUGCCUGAUAAGCCAAGUCCUGUGGUUAGGAUAUAUGGUAGCUCGGAAAUCAGUUCACAGAUUCUCCUCCACUGGUGGCCUCCUGUUCGUCCAAACGGAGUGAUUACAAAAUAUUUCGUGACCUCUGAGAAGGCCAAUAUUACUAAGGAUGUAAAGGACAAGAACUAUAGCAAUCUAGAAACGACAACAAUUAAAGACUCGGAUUGCGAGUGCGCUAAUGUGUUACCCUACGAUUCAGGACCUCAGCCGGAUGAUGAGGAUUACUACAACAAGGAGCAAAUCACCUAUGAAGAUUCGUUGCCCAAUCUCGUUUUUGUUUCGCGAAAUUAUGACUAUCGAAGGAAGGAGUUUGAAAGAGUGGUGAACUAUGACCACCUCCUAUCGUUCAAGAAAGAGGAAGAGCCCACUACUCCGCCGCCAACAAGUUCACCGAUGACAAACCAAAUCAGAGAAAGACUAGCCGCCAUAACAUUUGAGAAAUUCCGCCUGAAAAGCGAGAAGAAACAGAGAGAUAUUCAGGACGUGAAUCCGAGUAUGUACAAGAUCCGUCAUGCCUUGCCCAAGUGCCAGAACUCGCACGCAUCGGUGGGCCAGCAAAUGGAGGAAAAAUGUGUCGUUGAAGAGAUCCCGAAUGGCAACGAAGUUCCUGGUAAUCAGCACUACUACUACCUCACACAAUUGGAACCGAACACCUACUACCGCGUCACAAUACAGGCAUGUGUCGAGGGCGUGGUCAACGGUUGUUCCACUCCGGCGGAAGCUGUUAUCAGGACAGCCUUCAAUUGGAUCGAUUCAUAGAGGGUGGUGGCCUAGGGGUAUUAAUCUAAACCGAUUUGUAUUAGCUGACAAGUGAUAAAUGCUAGACCCAUAUGACAGUAGGUUAAAAGAAAAACUUGACGAUGCUAGUGGAACUUCCAGUUCCAUGGCGAUAUUAUAUUUAAAAUUUAAUAGAAGAAAGUUCACUUUUUUGAUUACAAAUAUUCGAAAAAUAUUGUGAAAUAAUUUACAGAGAUAAUGUUCUAUAUUUUUUAUAUUUUUUCUGUAUUUGAAUUCUUAUUUUUUGUAUUUUUUAAACUAAUGACUGAUAUUAAUUUGAAAACCUUUAUUUUCAAUUAUUUAAGCUUGUUUUUUGGCAGACCACAAAUCAUGUU